AGCCUGGUGUUUCAUCAUUGAUGAGCUCUUUCCGCUGCAGUUGUUGAAAAUCAUUGCGAGGAUCUCUGAAUGGAUUGGAAGGGCACAGUGAACUACAGCCGGAACAGACCAAACGUAGCUCCACAAGACUGCAGGACUGCUCUGGGACACCUGUUCCCGGAGCUUCAGAGAGAUCACAGAUUGAUUGCUGACAAGCAGUACUGGGGAUCAGAGUUGCGUAUCCCCACCGCCAGCUUCGAGGAGGUCCUGAGCGAUGACAAGGCCGCCUACUCCUGGCUGACCACCCUGCGCAGGGUGGGCAUCGUGUAUCUGAAGGGCGCGCCAGCAGAGCAAGGCCAGGUGGCGAGGCUGAGCGACAGGAUCGGGUACCUGCGGUUGACCUUCUACGGAACUUUCCGUCACCCCUGCGGUGCUGAAGUAUUUGGUGAGGUGUUAGUGAACUGGCUGGGGAGACGGGACGUUUCCGGACGUCUCUCUGCCCGCCUCUGGGAGCGUGUGCGUGACGCUCGUCUGUCCCCCCCCGCCGGCAGCGUGGACGCCGACGGCCAGGUGGUGCGGAUCAACUACAACAACGCCACGCGGGACUCCGUCCUGGACGCGCCUCUGGAGCAGAUCCAGCCCUUCUACGGCGCCCUGAAGGCCUUCGUGGACCUCAUGGGCCGACCCCAGAACCUGGUCACCUACCGCAUGGAGCCAGGUGACGUGGUGACCUUUGACAACUGGCGCCUGCUGCACGGCAGGCGGAGCUACGUGUCGACUCGCGGGACCCCGCGCCACCUGGAGGGGGCGUACCUGGACUGGGACGAAGUCAUGUCCCGCCUGAGGAUCCUCGGGAAGGCCAUCCGUGGGGACAGCUAGUCCGCAGAAGCCGGGACAGGGGUGCCCGCUGUCCCCUGCGAGCUGCCAGCACCAGGACUUUGAAUCACGCCCGGGCACUGGACAGACACCCUUCUUCCACCAAAAUUAUAAGGCCAGACGAGAAAGGGGAGGACUGUUCUUUGGCUGGUGAUUUCUAUUUAAUUUGUCGACAGAUUUUUUUUGGCCUUUGACAGGUUGCCAUUUGGGUAGAGCAGGUCUGAUCAGCCCUGAAGAUCCUCAGUGCAGCACGUCCUUAAUUGGUUUAGCAAGGUAAAUCUUUCACUUCAGUCCCUGCAGUGCAGCUGAGCUCUGCAUUUCUUCGUCAGACUCCCGGCUGGAGAAAUAAUUGGCUGAUUCCAAUCCUUUCUGUGGUUUCAGCUCUUAAAGAGAUGGAGAGAAGUCAAGUAAGCAUUCAGUGUAGUAUCUCAAAUCAGAGGAAGACCUGUGUCCUUUAGGAACAGGGCUAGAAACUGCUGCGUUAGAGAAGGCAUUUAGGGUUUGGGAUGCAAAGACAGUUUCCCUGCCUAAAGUAGACAUGUCUGCUGCUAGCAUUUCCAAGAGGAAUUGAGCUUUUGAAAACUGUUAUUGGCACUUGGUUGGUGGUGUUGCAGCUGGGACACAGGAUGUAAUCGGACUCAGGAUGCAUCUUUUUUUGUUAAUGGUUGUCACAAUAAUAUUUGUGUUGAUUUUGGUUACUGAAAUCUGUUAGCAGGGCACAUACUUUGUUACAGCAAUGCAGUGGUUCAGUGUAGAAUUGAAAAUCUACCUGUUUAAGCAAAAAGAAAACAGUUUAUAAAAGGGAGAUUAUUGUUCUCCUGCCUGGCUAAUAUUGUGAAGGUGUAUAUUAGCUUUAUUGGGUUCGACAUUCAAAAAGGGAGAAGUGGCCUUUACUUGUAUGAUUGAGAACUGGAAUACAGACAGCACCUCACUUUUUCCAUAGUGGAUGAGACUUUUAGAUGUCCUGGACAAAGUAAAUUUUGUUGCAUGUAUAUUGUGAUGCAGCAAGCAAUGCAGUUAUUGAAGAAAAAAAACAGGGGGCAUUUUUGUUCCUCUUGUGUGGCUCAAGUGCCUGCCCCCGACAGUGAACGUGCUUGGCUUAUUGGGACUGUACUAUAUGUGCUGAAGAUGUGACGCACUUUUACAAUGUGGAACACUCUUAUAGGCCUAACAAUACCAGUCAAUUACACAAAGACUGUUUGGCUUCAUACCAGUGACACUUCCCUGUCUGCCUUCAAAGGAACUAGCUGAUGCAUUGUCAUCUGUGCCACACUGUGAAAGCAUGUGAAAGUCCAGGAAGUGGUCAGUGGUGAAACACGCUUACAGAGCCUUGAGCUUCCCUCAGUGUCCUGCUGUGGACAGGAUGGGCUACCCUCACAGACACAGCCCGCAGAGGCUGUUCUCGGCUCCCGUGAAAUACCAGGUAACCUUUAGCACUGAAGCAGUUGUUUUCAGGAGAAAUAAAGGCACCCAAGAAUUAAUAAUAAUAAUAAUUGCUUAAACUUAUACUGUAUACGUUUCCAGGACACUCCACUCAAAGCUCUUAACAGGUAAUGGGGAUCCCCUCCUCCACCACCAGUGUGCAGCCCCACCUGACUAAUGCGCCGGCAGCCACAAUGCACCAGAACGCUCGCCACACACCAGUUCAGAGAUGGGGAUUAUUAGGAGGCCAUGAUUAGUAAAGGCCAGGAGGAAAUGUGGCCAGGGUAACACCCC